CCGGGGCGGGACGGGUGGGACCGGGGUGUUUCCAUUGCUCGGAUCCUUGGAGAUCUGAUCCAGUCCACGGCCCUCGUGAGCGUGCUCGCCCUGCUCUCGCCGCCCUACGCAGCUGACCGAGGCUCGUGCGCGUCGCCCCGCCGUCCGGCCCCGCUCUCUCUGGACCAUGGCCCAGGCUCUUAGAGGCACUGUGACUGACUUCCCUGGAUUUGAUGAUCGGGUGGAUGCAGAAACUCUGCGGAAGGCCAUGAAAGGCCUGGGCACUGAUGAGGAGAGCAUUCUGACCCUACUGACAUCCCGAAGCAAUGUUCAGCGCCAGCAAAUUGCUGAGGCUUUUAAAACUCUGUUUGGCAGGGACCUUUUGGAUGACCUGAAAUCAGAGCUGACUGGAAAGUUUGAAAAGUUAAUAGUGGCUCUGAUGAAACCUUCUCGACUUUAUGAUGCCUAUGAACUGAAACAUGCUCUUAAGGGAGCUGGGACAGAUGAAAAAGUAUUGACAGAAAUUAUCGCUUCAAGGACACCUGAAGAACUAAGAGCCAUAAAAGAAGUGUAUGAAGAAGAGUAUGGCUCCAGUCUGGAGGAUGACGUGGUAGGCGAUACCUCCGGGUACUAUCAGAGGAUGUUGGUGGUCCUCCUUCAGGCAAAUCGAGACCCUGAUGCUGCAAUUGAUGAAGCUCAAGUUGAACUGGAUGCUCAGGCUUUGUUUCAGGCUGGAGAGCUGAAGUGGGGCACAGAUGAAGAAAAGUUUAUUACCAUUUUUGGGACACGUAGUGUGUCUCAUUUAAGAAGAGUCUUUGACAAAUACAUGACCAUAUCAGGAUUUCAGAUCGAGGAAACUAUUGACCGGGAGACAUCGGGGAAUCUGGAGCAGCUGCUACUAGCUGUAGUGAAAUCCAUUCGCAGCAUCCCUGCCUACCUUGCAGAGACCCUCUACUAUGCUAUGAAGGGAGCUGGGACAGAUGAUCACACCCUCAUCAGAGUCAUGGUGUCCAGGAGUGAGAUUGAUCUGUUUAACAUCAGGAAGGAGUUUAGGAAGAACUUUGCCACCUCUCUCUAUUCCAUGAUCAAGGGUGACACAUCUGGGGACUAUAAGAAAGCCCUGCUGCUGCUCUGUGGAGGAGAGGAUGACUGAAGCGCCCUGGAAUGCCCUGUGCCUGCUGCCCACCUCCAGCUUCCUUCAGCACAUGUAGUAGCUGCGCUUUGUAUGACGGUGCCUGACACUUGCUGCCUUAUGCUAACAUACUAAUGACCAAACAUGUCGUACAUGAAAAUAGUGGUGCUUCUGAUCUUUAUUGAGAUCUUCUGUCUCUGACUGAUGUAGCAUUUGACCUGCACUUACAUUACUAAGUCUAAUGUCUGAGUUAUUCUGUUUUCCAAUAAAGAGGUCAGAUUGCUUUUUAGCCUUUUCUUAAAGCUCAUUUAUGUUAAUAAUUGUGUAUUACCUUAAUUGGAAACUUAGCCUUGAAAUUGUGAACUCCUGAAAAUGCUGUCAAUCAAGUUUAUUGCUAAAAAGUUUAUUGUAAAAUUGCUAUGGUUAUAUUCAAAAUAUUAGUGACAAAUAAACAUUCCUUUCUCUCUGAA